UGGUUUGAUUUGAUUAUGAAUUUAAUAAACCGACAUAGUUGGUUUGAUUUUGGUUUAAUAAAAAACCAAAUCAAACCACCUCAUGUACACCUCUACCAAGGGCCAAUAUGCCCUAAGAUUGAAAAAAAGCUGUUGAAAAUUAGGAUGGAGGCAACAAAGUUUCAACCUGAUUUUUCAGGAGGCCCUAGGGUCUUAGUUGAAGGUCCUGGAGGGCCAUAUAUUGUUGAUAUGUCUGCCAAGACUUGUACUUGUAGAAGGUGGGAUUUGACUUGUCAUCAUAGUGUGGUUAGUAUUCUUGAAAACAAUGAGUUAAUAGAAGUUUAUGUCAUGGACUAUUACAAAGUGGAAAAUUACAAGAAAGUAUACUCUAGCUUUCCAAACCAACAACCACCUUCUCCAAAUCCAAGUCAAGACCCUGCUCCAAACCAAAACCAAGAAGAAAAGAUAGACGUGGACCUCAUCUUAACAAAUCAAUCAACUAUAGAGGAUGUUGCUGGACAAGAUGAUGUUGGGAGAGUUUGUACAUGGUCAAAAAAGUUUUCCAUAAAAGUUUUUUUUAGUUCCCAGGAAUAUUUUAAUUUAAGAUAUUUACGGUUAGGUACUUCUUUAGAAUUAAAUAAUUGGUCAUGGGAUCUCUGAAGCACCUACCCAUUA